AAGACAUUAAAUUGACUAAGGAAUUGAAAAAAAAUAAAAAAAAAAAGAAACCGUAAAAAGGCGGAGAAACCUCGCUUUUUCUCUCACAGAACUGAGCAUGGAUAAAGCUCUCUAACCCCUACAGCAUUCCCUUUCUCUCCUCUGCAAGCUCAAAGCACAUUAAAUAGAAGACCUGGAACCUAGGCUUGUUGUUGAAGUUUAUACUAUCGUCGAUUUGAAUCUGUGAAAUGUGCUUUUUGGAGAACGAUCGAUCUAGAAAGAGAACCGUAAAACUAAGGAUUUAGUUUUUGGAGAUAACACAAUAUAGAGGUUUGAUAUUGAUGAAGAAAAUCCAUCAAUGGCGGAGGAUUCUGAUCCUCUCUUUCUGUUUUACUGUCCUCGCUCCUCUCCUAUUCGUCUCCUCUAGGCUCAAAGCCUUCACUAUCGGUCGGAAAGAGUUCGUUGAACAUUUAUCGAUUUUUAAAUAUAGGACAGAUGCUGUAAAACUUAGUGCAAUUAAGCAGGAAGCAGGUGAAGACUUGAAAGGGCCAAAACUAUUUGUUUACGAAUGGAAUGAUUUGGAUUCUGUAGCUAAUCACAGUUCUACUAAUGGGAAUAAUAGUUCUAACCAUUCUGAAAAUAAUGGAGACACAAGUCAUAAUUCAAGGCAGUCUGAAAGUACCGGAUACAUAAUUCAUCCUUUGCAUAUUAAUGGAUCUAUCCAUGAAAUAAAAGAACAAAAUAAGCACAUUCAAAUGGAAAAAGUAUCAUCCAAAUCAGAUGAACAGAGGAAAUACAAUCAAUCUAGAAUCCAACGUCAUCGGAAGGUGCGGGCUCCAACAUGUAGUGCAACAGAUGAGAAGAUAAAGGAGAUGAAAGAUCAGCUCAUUAAAGCCAAAGCAUACUUGAGUUUUACACCACCAGGCAGUAAUUCUCACUUAGUAAAAGAGUUGAGACUGCGUAUGAAAGAACUAGAACGAGCUAUGGGUGAAGCCAUGUGGGACAAGGACUUGUCAAGGAGUGCAUUACAGAAAAUGAAGUCCAUGGAGGUUUCCUUAUCUAAAGCCAGCCAUGUUUUCCCGCAUUGCUCCCCCAUGGCUACGAAGCUCCGUGCCAUGACUUACAGUGCUGAAGAACAAGUUCGAGCACAGAAGAAUCAAACAACAUUUCUUAUUAAGCUUGCUGCAAGGACCACACCAAAAGGCCUCCACUGCCUUUCUUUGUGGCUGACAGCGCAAUACUUUACCCUGUCACCUGAGGAGAGGCAGUUCCCUAACCAACAAAGACUGCAUGAUGUAGAUCUUCGUCAUUAUGUUGUUUUCUCCGACAAUAUCCUGGCUUGUGCAGUUGUCGUGAAUUCCACGGUCUCUUCCACCAAGGACACAGAGAAAAUUGUUUUCCAUGUAGUGACUGAUUCCCUCAACUUCCCAGCAAUCUCAAUGUGGUUCUUAUUGAAUCCUCCCAGCAAAGCCACGAUUCAUAUCCAGAGCAUAGAUGAUUUUGAAUGGUUGUCAACCAAGUAUAAUUCAAUGUUAAAACAGCAAAAUUCCCAUGAUCCAAGAUAUUCUUCUGCGCUGAACCACCUUCGUUUCUAUCUACCAGAUAUCUUCCCUCUGCUGAAUAAGAUUGUGUUCUUUGACCAUGAUGUGGUGGUGCAAAGCGAUCUAACUGGACUUUGGAGUCUUAAUAUGAAAGGAAAAAUAAAUGGAGCAGUGGAAACUUGCCUGGAAAAUGAAGCUUCAUUUCACCAGAUGGAUUUGUUCAUCAAUUUCUCGGAUCCUUUUGUAGCAAAGAGGUUUGAUGCCAAGGCAUGCACAUGGGCAUUUGGAAUGAAUUUGUUUGAUCUGAAAGAAUGGAGGAGACAAAAUUUAACUGCUCUCUACCAUAAAUACUUGCAAUUGGGUUAUAAGAAGCCACUGUGGAAAGCUGGGAGCUUACCAUUGGGUUGGGCCACGUUCUACAAUCAGACAGUUGCAUUGGACAGGCGUUGGCAUAUACUAGGGCUAGGUUAUGAUUCGAGGAUUGGACAGGAUGACAUUAACCAAGCAGCAGUAUUGCACUAUGAUGGAGUCCUGAAACCAUGGUUGGAUAUAUGUAUUGGGCAUUAUAAGAGUUACUGGACCAAACAUGUCAACUAUGAUCAUCCGUACUUGCGGCAGUGCAAUGUCCAUGGGUAAUUGAAAUCAGAGCAUGACAAAGGGUAUUAUUGGCCCGCACAACAUCAUUAAUUGCUUCUAGUUCCAAGUUUUGUGUUCACUCGAUUCUUUAACAACAUCUGUACAUUUUAAUUUUUUUCCCCAAAAGCCUGCUUACUUAUGGUAGCUGAGUCAAGUUAUACAAAUAAGGGUCUGAGGGGCAUAUUCUUAUGUGGUAGUUAGUGUACAUAAUUCAGGUGUUGGAUUUAGAUUCAAACAGAUACAUUUGGAAAGAAGAGUAAAGAGCAGAAGAAAAUGGAUUUUCUACAUUUUGUUGUUUGUUCCUAAUGUCUCAUAGUUUUGUGAGUGGUCUAUGGUUUCCUUGAAGGACAUCUUUAUAUUGUAUUGGUCGUGGUUUCAGUGGAGUUACUCUCCUGGAUUUUUAUUUUCCCGAUUAUUAGGAAUUGGAAAUGAACCAGAAGCGGGAAGGUUUCAGAAA